ACAAUGUUCAGUAGCCUAUAAACACAAUUUGAAUGUUGUAGAAAUUACUAAAUAUAUUGCCAAAAUAAUUACAUUCAGUGCAUAGCCUGCUGACUGCAUUCAUGACUUAUGCCUGACAUUUGUUUUUCAUAGUAGACUUUUAAAACCAUUCUGAAAGCGUUAUAUGUUAUUAUGAACAACACGUGACGCUAACUAAAGUUAAGAAGUUUCAAAAACAGUUUUGAAGGAUUAAAAGGGGCUUGAAGGCUGACACCGAACAGUGAAUGAGAUGGAAUCUGUUCAGUAGUGCAGUUGUUGUACAGCAGAUCUCUCCGUCCUGUGAGAGAUCGCCCACAUUCUCUGUUCACUGAGCUAGUAACAGUCUCCAGAUUUCGGGAAUGCAGAUGUUGCUUUUUUGUGUGUGCUUCGUUUCCGCACUGUCAUGAUUUCCGUUUCCACUCUGCGAGUAGCUGUCUCACAGCGGAGAGAGAGUAGGACGCAUCUCUGUGAGGUUGACUCGGAACAGGAAUCAUGGGGGACAUCGAGACUCCGGAGAAUAACCGAUCACGACAGACCGUUAUUCAUUCUCUUCUCCCGAGUAAAGAAUUCGUCUCCUCCCGAAAAGGAAUACUGCUGCUCGGUGAAGUGGUGAUGUCCUUCAUCAGCUUUGUGUGCUUUGCUGCUUCGACAGCAGCUGCCUUCGUCACAGCUCCCCUGAUAGAGUUCUUGGCUGCCCUCUUCUUGCUGUUUGCUUAUUCUACAAAGUUCAAUGAGAGAUUUAAGGGCUUUUACUGGCCCCUCAUGGACUUCCUGCGCUGUGUCAGUGCAUCCAUCAUCUUUUUCAUCAUCUCUAUAAUAUCUGUGUCAAAAUAUGUGGAUGGAGCCUCAAAAGCUGCUGGGUUAUUUGGCUUUAUUACCACAAUAUUCUUCGCCCUGGACUUUUAUUUCAUCUUCAAUGAACUGGCCAACUUCCUCAAGGGAGGUGAUCCCAGUGAGGAACCACCAAACACACAAGAUGAUGACUCAGACUCUGACUCUGACUGAAGCUGUGAUUGUGUCCAAAGACCUGGUGCGUGACCACUACAGUGCCUGAUAACCAAAACAGACUUUAGUAUAACUUUUUUAUUGUUUGUUAUUUUGGGUAUGGUUUUUGUGACUAGAGUAGUCUAAAGCAGUCUAUUUCAAAUCACAAGCUAAAGAGUUUUCUACAAGUUUUGUAUGCGUCCAGACAAUCUAAGCCUCUCUUAUUUGAUUUCCCCAAAGCUGUGAAUUAUUCCAGUGACGCAGCUUCACAUCAGUCAAGUUUGUUGACAGGUUUUUUAAAAAGAAGGGCAGUAUUGUACCAUUUGUGAUGUUUAUGUAUGGCCUCUUACAGCUUAGACGUUCUUAUAGUGUUUUAGUUCCAUUUUUACAGUAUGUACGAGUCUUUUUCUAUUACUAUAUUUGGAAGCUGUGUGUGCGUGUGUAUGUUUACUAACUAGAACUAUUCUGAGGGAAUAUUUCCUCCAAAUAUGUUCUCUUAAAUUGUCUUUUAAAAAAGAUGCAUGACUUGGUGAUGAAGCCCUGUACUGGGAAUAAUAAUUUGAAUGUUUUGUAGCAACAAAGUAAGUUUACAUCAUGUAUGGAAUUAGCAGGUGGUUGGCUGGCCACAGUCACCUGUCUUACUUUCACAGGUCUACACAUUGGUUUUAGUCUUGUAAUGUUGAAGUAAUACCAAUGUUUUGCCAAAGUACUGCAAAAAAAUGGCAGGAUUUGUCUCAUUAUGCUCACCUAGCAAUGUACUAUUCUUGAAGUGGCACUGCUCUGCUAUUGAACCUGUAUUAUAAAUGUGAGCAUCAGUGUAAGAAUAAGGGAGCGUCGCCUGGUUUACUAUAGUAUUCUCAGGCAUGCUGCAUGUGUCCAUUUGUAAACCACCUUCUAGUGCAAAGACGCACUGUCAGAUUGCCACAUCAAUAAAUAAUUUUGAUGCA